GGGGUGGAGAAAGGCCCCCAAAUGGUCUAAGCAGCAGAAGGGAUGGCCGGGGCUCAAGAGCUAUAAGUGGCCGUGUCAGGGUCUUCGCUGGAGUGUCUGCUAUGCUGUUCCCUGGGCUGCUGCUGCUGCUGCUGACCCUGCUGGUCAGUGCCCGCCUGCUGUGGGGCUGGUGGAAGCUCAGGAGCCUCCGCCUCCCGCCUUUUGCUCCAGGUUUCCUGCACCUGCUGCAGCCCAACCUCCCCAUCCAUCUGCUUGGCCUGACUCAGAAAUUCGGGCCUAUCUACAGGCUCCGCUUCGGCCUGCAAGAUGUGGUGGUGCUGAACUCCAAAAGAACCAUUGAGGAAGCCAUGGUCAGAAAGUGGGAGGACUUUGCUGGCAGACCUGAGACGCUUUCCUACAAACUGGUGUCUCAGGACUACCCAGACCUGUCACUAGGGGACUACUCCCUGCUCUGGAAGGCCCACAAGAAACUCACCCGUUCAGCCCUGCUGCUGGGCAUUCGCAACUCCCUGGAGCCCAUGGUGGAACAGCUGGCCCAGGAAUUCUGUGAGCGCAUGAGAGCCCAGGCCGGCGCCCCUGUGGCCAUCCAGAAGGAAUUUUCUCUCCUUACCUGCAGCAUCAUCUGUUACCUCACCUUUGGAGACAAGAUCAAGGAGGAUAACUUAGUACAUGCCUAUCAUGACUGUGUCCAGGAAGUGAUGGAUGCCUGGAACCACUGGUCGGUCCAAAUUGUGGAUGUAAUUCCCUUUCUCAGGUUUUUCCCCAAUCCAGGUCUCCAGAGGCUGAAGCAGAUCAUGGAGAAGAGGGACCGCAUGGUAGAAAAGCAGCUGAGGCAGCACAAGGACAGCCUGGUGACAGGCCACUGGAGGGACCUGAUGGACUACAUGCUCCAAGGAGUGGCACUGCCGGCAGUGGAAGAGGGCCCUGGACAGCUCCUAGAAGGGCAUGUACAUAUGGCUGUGGUGGACAUUCUCAUUGGUGGCACUGAGACCACAGCGACCACUCUCUCCUGGGCUGUAGCUUUCUUGCUUCACCACCCUGAGAUUCAGCAGCGACUGCAGGAAGAGCUAGACCGCGAACUGGGCCCCGAGGGCUCUGGCUCCCCAGUCUCCUACAAGGACCGUGGGCGGCUGCCCUUGCUCAACGCCACCAUCGCCGAGGUGCUGCGCCUGCGGCCUGUGGUGCCCUUGGCCUUGCCCCACCGCACCACGCGGCACAGCAGCAUCCUGGGCUAUGACAUCCCCGAGGGCACAAUCAUCAUCCCCAACCUCCAAGGCGCCCACCUGGACGAAACGGUCUGGGAGCAGCCGCACAAGUUCUGGCCCGACCGCUUCCUGGAGCCGGGCACGAGCCCCAGGGCGCUGGCCUUUGGCUGCGGAGCGCGCGUGUGCCUGGGCGAGCCGCUGGCGCGCCUGGAGCUCUUUGUGGUGCUGGCGCGGCUGCUGCAGGGCUUCACGCUGCUGCCGCUCGGGGGCGCCCUGCCCUCCCUGCAGCCCCAGCCCCACUUCGGCGUCAACCUCCUGAUGCAGCCUUUCGAGGUGCGGUUGCAGCCCCGAGGCGUGGGGGCCCGCGUCCUGGGCCAGCGCCAGUGACGGGCAGGACUGGUGCCAGCCGCGUGCCUCAGUUUCUCCUUUAUUGCUCCCGUGUAAACCCCUCCCCUCCCCCCUGUAAACAUGGUGCUGUGAGAUCGCUGGCAGAGAAGGCUUCCUCCGGCGGCCAACGGUGAUAACGGCCCCUGGUUCUUCUCUGGGGCGACCCCUCAGUGCUCAGCAGUCAUACUGGGGUGCGAGAGAGGUGGGCAGCAGCUCAGCCUCCCACCGCCAGGGACUGAAAGCUUCUUGGUCUCAGCUUCAUUUCCGUGAAGGGCAUCGAGAAAUCAAAGCCCUUCCAGUGGUACCAGCUCACUCCCUGGGAAGGGGGUUGUCAAGAGAGAGUCAAAGCUGGACUUCCCAUCUGCUCCCUGACCCACUCCCAGGCCCUCAGGAGGGGGUUUCCAGCACUCGACCAUCCUCCCCCUGCUCCCUUCCUCAACUGCAAAAUACUGACGCUCAAUCCUGAGUUCAAUUCAGCCAAUAAAUAAUCUCAAGAAAACUGCCAGGUUGGCAUUAUUAUUCCGUUUC